AAACCCAGUGGAGGAAGAAGAAGAACUGGACGUCAACAUGGCUGCGGACAGUGAUGAGUCGGAGGUGUUUGAGAUCACCGAUUUCACCACAGCGUCAGAGUGGGAACGGUUUGUGUCGAGAGUUGAGGAGGUGCUGAAUGACUGGAAGCUGACUGGCAACUCUGCAAGCAGAUUGUCUCCAGAAAAGGGUUCAUAUACCAGUGGCACCUGGUGUGAGAAGUCACAGGAUAUUAAUUUUGCUGAUUUUAAGUUCUACAUAACCCACCACUUCCUGAAAGACGAAUGUGAGCAGGAUGAAGGGACGGACACACCCAAGGAAGAUGUCUUACCCUUGGCAAUGCAGGACCUUCUGUGCAUGAACAACGAUUUCCCUCCUCGAGCCCACUGCCUGGUCAGAUGGUACGGCCUACGAGAGUUUGUGGUCAUCAGCCCUGGAACUAACUGUGAGGCCAUCAUCAGCGAGUCCAAAUGCAAUCUGCUUCUCAGCUCCGUCUCCAUUUCUCUCGCCAACUGUGGCAGUCAGGUUCCCAUGUUUGUGCAGAUCCAGCAGAAGUGGAGGCGGAUGUAUGCUGGAGAGUGCCAAGGAUCAGGUGUGCGAACUGACUUUGAAAUUGUCCAACUCCGCAAGGUGCCGAGCCAGUACAACCACUUAUCCGGUCUGCUUGACAUCUUCAAGUCUAAGAUAGGUUGUACUCUGUUUCCUCUACCUCCAGUCAACAUUGCCAUUCGCUUUACCUAUAUUCUCCAAGACUGGCAGCAGUACUCUUGGCCGCAGCAGCCUCCAGAUUUUGACACACUUCUCGGAGGUGAAGUCGGAGGGGUGGAGUUUGGGAAACUUCCAUUUGGAGCCUGUGAGGAACCAAUCAGUGAACUUCAUCUUGCAACCACCUGGCCUUACCUGACAGAGGGCAUAGUUGUGGAUAAUGAUGUGUACAGUGACCUCGACCCUCUUCAAGCUCCUCACUGGUCAGUUCGAGUCAAGACAGCUGAAAACCCUCAGUGUUUACUGGGCGACUUUCUGACGGAGUUCUUUAAGCUUUGCUGCAAGAAGGAGUCUACAGAGGAGGUUCUGGGAAGAGGACUGUCUGAAGAGGAGGGGAAAGAAAACAGUGACAUCAGCUCUGCUUUGUCCAAGCUGACCGAGCCAACAGCAACUGUACCGAUUACCAAACUGUCCGUCUCCAACAUGGUGCACACGGCUCGAAAGCAUAUCCGCCGCCACCGACGUAUCGACGAGUCACCACUUAACACCGACGUUCUCAAUUCUGUCCUCCUGUAUCUUUUCCCAGAUGCUGCUGUGGAGAAGUCAUCAGAGAAUAUCAAGAGCAAAACUGCGCAACCAAACUCCAGCGAGACAACUGAGCAAGAUAAAAACUCAGAUUAUAAUCUUUUCCUCCAGCUGAAGUCAGCACCCAGUGACAGUCUGACCUACCGGCUGGCUUUAUGUGUGUGUCUGGUCAACUACAACUAUGGUGGGCCUAGAGCUGUUGCCCACCUCUGGCAGGAGUUUGUCCUGGAGUUGCGCUAUCGCUUGGAAAACAACUACCUCAUUUAUGGAUUGGCUGGUGGACCUCCUGAUCUUCGCUGUUGUCUUUUGCAUCAGAAGCUUCAGAUGCUGAACUGCUGCAUAGAGAGGAAGAGGGCCAGAGACGAAGUUCGCAAGACACUGGAUAGCAGCAAAGACAGAGAACGUAGAGUGUCUGGAGGCUCCCAGAACAGCCGCCAAGCUCCAGAGUCUGCAGCAUCUACGACCACAUCUCAAGGAAAAUCCUGGGACUCAUGGAGCGACAGCGAGGAUGAGUUCUUUGAGUGCCUCAGUGACCAAGGAGAGAUCGAGGCUCCGCAAACUGAUGGAGGAAAGGAUGUCAGUAAGAGCAAAGCGGAGGGCAGACUGCACCCCUACAACAACAUGACACUGCUCAACUCUACAGAGCCUCUCUAUGUUCCUGUCACACAGGAGCCUGCUCCAAUGACAGAGGAUCUGUUGGAGGAGCAGUCAGAGGUGCUGGCAAAGCUGGGCACGUCAGCUGAAGGCACCCACCUCCGGGCUCGGAUGCAGAGCGCAUGUCUGCUCUCCGACAUGGAGUCCUUUAAGGCAGCCAACCCAGGCUGUGUUCUGGAGGACUUUGUGCGCUGGUACUCUCCCAGGGAUUACGUGGAGGAGGAGGUGGUGGAUGAGAAAGGUAACACAGUGGUGAAAGGCGAGCUUAGUCCCAGGAUGAAGAUCCCAGGCAACAUGUGGGUGGAGGCUUGGGAGACAGCGAGGGUUACACCUGCACGCCGCCAGAGAAGACUUUUUGAUGACACUAAGGAGGCAGAAAAGGUUCUACACUAUUUGGCAAUGCAGAAACCUGCAGAUGUGGCCUGCCACCUCCUGCCCUGUAUGAUCCACGCUGCUAUUCUGAAGUUGAAGGAGGAAGAGUCAGUAGAAGACAUUCCAUCAGUCAAAAAAAACAUUCAGCAGACUAUAUCUCAAGCCAGCAAGCUGCUUCACCCCCCAAACCGGGACUACAAGAAGUUAGAGGAUUUCAUUAACCAGCUGAUGGUUAUGGAGAUUGCCAUCACCCGAGCUCGGUCACUCAAGGCCAAGUUUUCUGUAAGUGAGGAUGAAAAGGGAGAGGACACAGAUGAGCUGGAGAAGUUUGUGAGCUCCCUGCUGGAAGAGCCAGAGGUGGCAGUGAUUGGAGCUGGCCAAGGCCCAGCCGGCAGCAUCAUCCACAGACUGUUUAUCAACUCUCAGAGGUUGGCUGACUUCACCAGUGAUGAGGGUGUAUUUGGUGACAUGGAGGCUGCCCUCCUGGCACCGAUGGACGAGGACUUGGGCCCUGACAGGAAGCUGCCUGGACGGAGCAGUAAAGUAGCAGACUUCCCUCCUCCAGCAGGCCGAGAGAUUCUGCUGCGAACAUGCGUUCCUCGACCAGCUCCGUACUCCAAAGCUCUGCCUCAGCGGCUCUUCUGUGUGAUGAUGAGGGAUGAGUUCAGACUGGCUGGGGCUUUCUCCACAGAUACGUCCUUCUUCUAGGAACCACGGUCCAUUUGUAAAUAAUAUUUCACUUUAUAAACCAAGAACUAGAGGUUCAUUCAAGGACACGGGGCGGUGCAUUAUAAUGCUAAGUGCGGUAUUGGUUGGUUAGUUUGGAUGUUUGCUCAAAUGGUCUCAUUAAGGCAUGACGUUUCCCUGUUGGCUACAUAUUAGGGCUCGGCUGAUGUGGAUUUUGCAGGGCUGAUAUCAGUACCAGUUAUUACUAAUCAAUUGAUAAUCCAUAUUUAGAACUGAUAUACAUUUUCCGUAAAAAUAAAAUCUUGGUGUCAAAAUGUAGAAUAACUCAAACUUCAACAGAAAACUGUGUUUAUUUUCCUUUAUUUAUUUUUAUUUUACAUAUUUGAUUAACGGACAACUUCAUCUUUUACCUUUCAGUGCUGAUAGGCUGUUACUCUUCAGGUGUAACCAAUCAGAUAGUGCCGUGGGCAGGACAUCGCUUAAUACCACAACGUGAUCACUACAGAUAAAGACAGGAAACUGACGAGAAGUAGUGCGUUUUUAAAUUAAUUUAUUUUAUCUGGAAUUGGCUAAUAAAUGUAACGACACCAAUAAUCAGAAAACCACAGAAGAUUGUAUCUGAUAAACAGCCGAGCCGAUAAUCAGUCGACCCCUGCUCUAGCCAGUACCCUAAUGAGCUCUGUUGUCUGGAAAAAGUGAGGAAGAUGUUGCUGUAUUUCGCUUUAUUUGGUCUUAAUCCUCUAUUAAGGCAUGGCCUAACUCCAUAUCUCUAGCCAAUAUGAAAAUGUAAGCCAUGAAAAAAUAAGACACUGCUUCAUUUCACUUUAAUUUGAAUAUUUCAGUUUGCCAGAUGAAGCUCUAUGUACCCAUGUAGACUCCAUGAACAGCUGACAGCUGGAAUUUCACUGUAAACCUUUUUCAAAGACUUGGAAGCUAGUGCUAAAGUUACGUGUUUGGAGGUCUGGAUGAACAUCCUUUCAUCCUCACUACACUAGAUAUAAGCAUCUAUCUAUGAAUCUAUCUAUCUCCACCUUUUCAUUUCUGCCUUGUCCAUGCCAAAAUUCUACACUGCUAUUUUUCACACUUCUGUGCUGCAUAAAACAGGGAUGUCAUCAAGGAUAUGAGUGUAGGACACAUGAAUUAUAUUGGUGGUUAUCAAGUAGCAUUUAAUGAGCUGCAGUAAUGUCAUUUUGCUUCAAUUGUCAUCUUAAAAUAUUUUAAUAAAUAAAACUAAAUGAAUCUUAAUGAAA